GCAGGCCAGAGAAGGGAACCCCGGAGGGCCCGAGGCGGCCAAGGCAGCGGGAGUCGGCUCCCCGGGUCCGGGAGGACGGUGGCCGGGGCAGGGGCAGGGCCGCCCGCCGCCCAAGCAGGACGAGGGUCCGGGGCACCCACGUGGUGGGAAAGUUUCGAGGUAGCAAAAGUGGCCUAGCAUUGCGGGGGGUUGGGGGGAGGGGCGAGGGCAGGCUCGCCCCUCCUCCUCGCCAGGGCAGAAAGGGAAAGAGCUGAGGGGAGCGGGGCUGGGGGCGGCCCCGACCGGAGCAGAUUCCGCCCCCUCCCUCGGGACCCGGGCGUGCAGGCGCGCACCAUCUCCUCCCGCACGGCCGGGACGACACUCCCCCGCCCCCUUUCUCUGCCAACGUCUAUCUCAACGCGCGCGCACAUACGGAGAUUGUGCGGCUUUUUUAUCCCUUGGGAGGAAAAACGGGGAGAGUAAGAGCAGCGAGGGCUCUGAGAAGUCGUUGUCCUCCGCGCGCUCCGCACUCCGUGCCGUGACCGGGCGCGGGGACGCCGCCGCUGCCGCCACCGCCGCCGCCCGCGCUCUCUCCACCCGCGGCGUGUGCCAGUGCGGGCACGAGCCAGGAGCCCGCUCCGGGGCCGCUGCAAGACUUUUGGGCGCUCGAGCUCACAUCGCCGCCGGCGCCGCGACCGGCACAGGAGAACCGGGCGAGAAGGGCCCUGCCUCCGCCUCGCCCUCCGCGCGCGGCACCCCGCGCCCGGCCGGCCCGCGCAGGCAAGGCGGAGGGAGGGAGGCGGGCAGCGAGGAGGCGGGCGGAGCAGAGGCCCCGGCGAGGCGCGCAGCGGCCGGCCCGCCCGCCGCCGCCCGCCCGUGGAUGCGGCGCUCCGGGAGCCAGGAGACAACUUUGCCGCGUGACGCGCCGACAGGACUGCAGGGCCCGCGGCCGAGGGCUCGGCGCCGCUGCUGAGCGGGCCCGCGCGGCCGGCGCUCCCCGGCACCGCGUUCGCUCCGCACCGCCGCCCGCCGGCCCGCCGAGAGGAAGACCUGCCCGUCGCCGCCCGCAGCUGCCCUUCGCUUCCCCGGCGCGAGGAGCGAGGGCGAGGCGCUCAGGUGCGAGCGCGGGGCCCCGCCGCAGCGCCCGCCGCAGCGCCGCGCCAAGCCGCGCCCGGCUCCGCUCCGGGGGGCUCCGGCGCCUUCGCUUCCGUCUCGGCCAAGUUGCGUCGACCGAGCCUCCUUCGCCGCUGCGGCUGCUUUCGCUUCGCCCGAGCGAAGCUGCGGGGCCCCGACGCGGCGAGGAUGGGCAGCAGGCUGCGGAUGCCGAAGCGCCCCGAGACGCCCGCGCGGCAGUGACCCGCCAGCCCCGCCUCGCCCGGCGCGCCCCUCCGGGCCCCGCGGCCCUCGGCGCCCCUUCUCCACCGCGCGGGAACCCCCGCGGCCCGGCCGGGCCCCCUCCCCCUGCGAGCCGGCCGCAGCCCUCUCCCGGCGGGCGGGCGGGCGGAGGCCCCGGGCGGGCGCGGGCGGGGGCGGGGCGGGGCGGUGCGCCCGGAGCCCGGAGCCCGGCCCUGCGCUCCGCUCCGCUCGGCUCGCCUCGCCUCGCGGCGGGCGCCCUCGUCGCCAGCGGCGCACCAUGGACGGGCUCCCCGGUCGGGCGUUGGGGGCCGCCUGCCUGCUGCUGCUGGCGGCCGGCUGGCUGGGGCCCGAGGCCUGGGGCUCGCCCACGCCCCCGCCGUCGCCCGCUGCGCCGCCGCCGCCCCCGCCGCCCGGAGCCCCGGGCGGCUCACAGGACACCUGUGCGUCGUGCGGCGGCUUCCGGCGGCCCGAGGAGCUGGGCCGGAUGGACGGCGACUUCCUGGAGGCGGUGAAGCGGCACAUCUUGAACCGCCUGCAGUUGCGGGGCCGGCCCAACAUCACGCACGCCGUGCCCAAGGCCGCCAUGGUCACGGCCCUGCGAAAGCUGCACGCAGGCAAGGUGCGCGAGGACGGGCGCGUGGAGAUUCCGCACCUCGACGGCCAUGCCAGCCCGGGCGCCGACGGCCAGGAGCGCGUCUCGGAAAUUAUCAGCUUUGCCGAGGCAGAUGGCCUCGCCUCCUCCAGGGUCCGCCUGUCCUUCUUCGUCUCCAAUGAAGGCAACCAGAACCUGUUUGUGGUCCAGGCCAGCCUGUGGCUGUACCUGAAGCUGCUGCCCUACGUGUUGGAGAAGGGCAGCCGGCGGAAGGUGCGGGUCAAGGUGUACUUCCAGGAGCAGGGCCACGGCGACAGGUGGAACGUGGUGGAGAAGAAGGUGGACCUGAAACGCAGCGGCUGGCACACCUUCCCGCUCACCGACGCCAUCCAGGCCUUGUUCGAGCGCGGUGAGCGGCGGCUCAACCUGGACGUGCAGUGCGAUAGCUGCGGGGAGCUGGCCGUGGCGCCAGUGUUCGUGGACCCCGGCGAGGAGUCGCACCGGCCCUUCGUGGUGGUGCAGGCCCGGCUCGGGGACAGCCGGCACCGCAUUCGCAAGCGAGGCCUGGAGUGCGACGGGCGGACCAACCUCUGUUGCAGGCAACAGUUCUUCAUCGACUUCCGGCUCAUCGGCUGGCACGAUUGGAUCAUUGCGCCCACGGGCUACUACGGCAACUACUGCGAGGGCAGCUGCCCUGCCUACCUGGCGGGGGUCCCCGGCUCCGCCUCCUCCUUCCACACGGCCGUGGUGAACCAAUACCGCAUGCGGGGCCUGAAUCCCGGCCCGGUGAACUCCUGCUGCAUCCCCACCAAGCUGAGCUCCAUGUCCAUGCUGUACUUCGACGACGAGUACAACAUCGUGAAGCGGGACGUGCCCAACAUGAUCGUGGAGGAGUGCGGCUGCGCCUGACGCUGGCGCGGGGGGCGCGGAGCAUGGCCCCGGCGGGGUGGGGGUGGGGGGUUGCACGCCAGGCUGAGCCUUGGACGCUGAGGCCUGAAAGCUUUCCCUUGGGGCUUCGCAAAGCGAGCACUCACAAGCCGGGGGAGGCGGGGGAGACCCCUGGACUGACUCUAUAGAGACGAAAAUGCGCACGUAGGCCACGCACAGCCCUACGCCUCCUCCUGCCACCCGCGAGGCGGCCUCUGGCAUCCCAGCCGAUGGAUACAGUGCCGAGCGGCCGCUCAGCGCCCAUGCCUCUCGCUUGGAAGGAAUGGGGCACGCAGCCACCACCCCAGCAGCUGGCCCGGCCACUCUGUAUCACGCCUUCCGAGCAUACGUAAAAGCACAAAGAGACACUGAGAGAGAGAGGGGGGUGGGGGCGGGCGCAGAGCGGAGGAGCAGAUGCGGGGUGGGAGCAUGCUUGGGGCAGGCAGGAGGCUCAUUCCAGGCCAGGCCUGCUCUGCAGUGGCGGCUGCUUCCUCCCUGCCUGGCAUCAGCCGUGCUGCAAGACCAGGGGGCGCCUGUCCCGAGGUGCCCUUGCAGUGGGAGAAAGUUCCAGAAAGGACACAGCAACCUGUCAGAGACCGUGGAGCAGAGCCGACGACCGUUUGAGCGCUCGUCGCGUCGCUUGGGUCCCUGCCGUGACGUGUGUGUGUCUGUGUUUUUGGGGUGGGGAGGGAGGGAAAGGCGAGGGGUCUUAAUUUGAUGCUUUAAUUGAACUCCAGCGAGCUGACAGGUCAUUUGUGCCACUUGUGUAACCGAAAAGGGGACUUUUCCACUAGUUAAUGACCUUCUCAGUUAAAAAAAAAAAUCUGAAUUGUUCUAGAUGCGAAGACAAAAUGUUGCAAUCUGUUGGCCUCCGCUGGGGACCUUCCUCCGGGGCUGGUUCGGGGAGGGGAGAGGCGUGGUGGUGGGGUCUCGCCCCCUCCCCCCUGCUUAGCAGGUCUUGGGGAGACGGGGAGGAUCUUGCAGCUGCUUUGCAGAAGUUGCUCACGUGGGUCACGGCCCCCAGGGCCGACCAUGGACGUGGCCCCUGCCCACUUGCCCGCCCGCCUGAGCGCACACAUGAUAUAGCACUUGCCGAUUCUGCGCGUGUCCAGAAGUGGCCCUUGGCCGGGCAGUGAGUGCGCUCGCCCUCUCCAUGGCCAAGUGCCACGUGAACUAUGCAAUUUAAAGGGUUGACCCACACUAGACGAAACUGGACUUGUACGACUCUUUUUAUAUUUUUUAUACUUGAAAUGAAAUCCUUUGCUUCUUUUUUAAGCGAAUGAUUGCUUUUAAUGUUUGCACUGAUUUAGUUGCAUGAUUAGAAACUGCCAUUUGAAAAAAGAAGUUAUUUUUAUAGCAGCAAAAAAAUGAAUACAGUUAAAUGUAUUAUACAUAAUUUUGGAACCAAAGAGGCCAAGAGAUCUGAUUUAAUUUUUAUUAGAUGGUGAGGCCGUCUUCGAUGAGGUAGAUGCGACCAUCGCUUAAGUGGCCUGCCAAUGUUUCAGGGUAUAAAUGGAUUUUGUUUAUUCAGUUUGAUGUGUCUCUUCUAUCCUUACACACCCAGAAGGUAGAGGAAAGAAUGAAGACAGUAGAAGGCAGGUGUGUAUCCUUACGUCCCCAUCUUUAUGUUUAUUUAAUAAAGUUCCCCUUAGGUUCUGUCUCAAAAUAAUUUAAAACCAAACAAUUUGCCCGUAGACUUGCUGUUAAAGUAUUUUACGUCUGUGUACAGUUGAAGAAAAUAAAAGUGGAGUGCCAUGGGC